CCGCCCCCGAUCGGUCCGUGUGCUCACCAGGCCAGCCAUGUCGACGCUCAAGGCUCAACCACUUCUCCAAACUUCCAUACAUCUGCACUACGUCUCGUGCAUCGGCUUCUACCCCGAUCUCAACUCAACCUCCACUCCUUCUCGAGCACAAUCAGAAUCGUGCCAUUAUACGGAACCCUGUUAUCAUCUCGGACUUAUCACAGCCAUCAAGAUAUGAGUCGCGCCGGAAAGCUUGCCCCCGAGCAGUUGCCAGUCUUAUUUAUCAAGAACCUCAACUACGAAGUCACAGACGGCGACCUCUUCAAGCUCUUCGACCCUGACGAGACGGGCAUCAUCCGUCAAAUUCGGAAAGGAAUCUCUGUCGACACAAAGGGAACCGCCUAUGUCGUCUUCUGGAAUGCGAUGGACGCGAAGAACGCCCUUGAGAAGCUAAACGGCUUCAACUUUCAAAACAGAUACCUUGUCGUACUAUGGCACCAACCAGAGAAGACGCUCAAGUCGAAAGACGACGUGCAAGCCCGCCAGGAGAGUUUAGGUCAGCUCAAGAAACAAUACGGUAUCGAUUGACGAUUAGACGGGCCUGCGGAUAGGCUCCAGAACCGUGCU